AAUCAAAAUUAUGUAACCUUUUCUCCAAGCUUCUCUAUACAUAUUUGUUGCUUGCCUAAAAUGCAAUUUAAGCAAUUUCUCCUAAAUGUUCUUGUUGCUUUAAAGGAAUAGUUGCUUCAAAGAAAUUACUUUCUAGUUUUCCACUGUUAAUCCAAUUAAGCUCUGUAAAGAUGCAAACCUAUAAUUCUCAUCUAUGAUAUUAUUACCAUACAAUAGCUCUGCUGUUAAAAAAUUUAUCACACAUAAUUUAUUUCUUUGUAAGAUGAUUGAACAGUAGGGUUCUCUCAGAUUUGUGGGGAAAUUAAACUCUUGGCUCAAUGUCUUUUCUCCUACUUGUUGCUGGGGACACCGAUCUUAUUUUUUAGAGGAAAAUAAGCAAGACUGCAUGGUAGCUAGCAGGUCUGUCUCCUGUUACACAUGUUUUUAAGCAUUUUCCCAACCCUCUUUUGUAAGCUCACUGAUACUUAGUCUGGGAGAUUGGGGAAAUUUUUACAGCACAAAGAUACUUUAACACUGGAGUUUCAACAAUCCCGUAGUUCUUUUUACCAACUCCACUAGAGGGCACAGUUGAGCGGGCGCUAGAUCAAAACCCUGAGUUGCUGGAAAAGGAAAGCAAAGCCUGUGAACCAAUUAUCCUUGUGAUGGAGAAAAGCAUUUGUGAAAAGUAUUUGCUCCUGUUGCAUAUAAUCUGAAAUGGAUGAAUAGAGUUGAGUUGGAGUGUCCCCACUUUUCAGCAUUUUUGACAAAAUAGAAAGAUGGAAGAACAUUUGAAAAUGUGAGUGCAAUUUGAACAAAUGUCUCUAAGGUGAAGUUGAUUGUCUUACUACUAUUCAUGUUCAUUAGCAAGUUACACACACACACACACACACACACACACACACACACACACACUGCCCUCCUCCCCUGACAGAAAUCCUUGUUGAUCAGUCUACUUCCUUUUUUUCCUCUCUCUCUGAAAAUACUUUCUAAGCGAUGUCAGUUUUCAGCCAGUUUGUGGCUCUAGUUAUAAUCCCUUGGGCUCUUUUAAUAUACUUUUCUCCCAUCGAUAUUAUCCAUUUUAUCCAAGAAACGUUUUAACAGCCCGAUGUUCAUAAAGCUUCACCUUAGAUAUUAGGAUUGAUACAGAGUGGUGAAUUGAGCUAAUAACUGUGAGAGGACGUUGUGCUUGGCAUUUUGUCCACAUUAUAUUAGUUCUUACAGCAACCCUUUUGGACAGACAUCGUAUUCCCAUUUUACUGAUGAAGAAAUUAGGCUGAAAGGCUGAUUGAUGCAAUAUCAUACAGUCAGUAAAGGGACUGGAAUUCAAAUGCUAGUUUAAAACUCUUUAGUAUUUUGCAAUAUCAAAAAUGAUUAAGGUGGCCACUGGCCACAGUGUUAGAAAUGUGCACAAACCAUAUUUCUAGGCAGACUUAAAUAAUUGUUACAAUGAAGUGCCAUGAGAAUGCCAAGAAGGAUUCAUUCCAUCUGAGAGAUCAAAGAAGGCUCAACUAAGAAGAUGGCUUUGAAAGUGGCCCUGAAGGAUGCAUAGGUUUUUAUUAAACAGGUAAAAGGGAUUGGGGCCUUCCAGGCUGAUAAGGCACAGCAGAAGCAAAGGCAGGUUAGCUGUAGGGCACACGCUAUAUCUGGGGAGUGAAGUCCUUUAAAUUCCAAAAGGAGUGUCCCCUUAGAAGUGGAGUAGGUGUCUCAUUAGGGGAGUGAUUUGUUUCAUUCGGAGGUUUGGGGCAAAGAGUGCUGUGGCACUGUGGAGGAGGGACUAAAUCUUUGAUUUAGUGGUUCAUCUGAGAAAUAAUCAGGAUCUGAGGGAAAUGGAAAGAAAACUAAGAAACUGCCAAACGGUGCUCAAAAGCCCAAUCUAGUCUAUUGGAUACUGGAGAGAAGGACAUGGGAAUUGAGUUACUGAGGCUUCUAAACUCUUACAUUUAAAAAAUUACUUUAAAUUACUUAUUUUUUAAAGUUAUUAAAUUACCGAGUGGGUGAUGAUUCUAGUCACAACAAUGGGGAGCAUGGUGGGGGACACUUUUUGUUGGCAUGCAGAGUUGAGUUCAGGCCAGUUCUGGGGUACCAUUGAGUUAUCUUAUGGUAAAUUGUCUGCAGCUUGUGAUGCAAACCUGGAAUGAGUUCUGUGAGGCCAUGAGGAGAGGACACAGUGGAUGAGGGCUGAGUAUUGGGAAUACUUCCAUUACAGGGAAAUGUGGGGUCUGGUUACUGUGGGGUACGUGGUAGUACUUGUUAGAUUAGGCAAGUCGAUGUCACUGACUAAGGGACUAAGGAGCUUGAGGAUUGCAACUUGUCUCUUAGUGAAUAGGAGGCCAGAGAUAAGUGUCUGGGCCAGAGUGGGGGAGAUGCAGAGUAGAAGAUGAGGAAGACUGUGCAGGAGUUCUGGGGGCAAUGGAGCAGGAAAUUAAAAUCUCUUUCUGCUUAAGAGCUCUGCCUCUCAUGGGCGCUACCAGCAAAUGUGGGAGGUCCCCAACCAAGAUUCCCUGACACACUGGAAAUUUUGGCUUAUUGACAAUUAAGUCUUCUUCCACUUUCUUCACACCCACCUCCCUGGGUGUGCUCCCAGACAAGGCUUUUAAUUCACCCUUUAUUUACUGUUGUCUUUCUUAAAAGCAAUCUCUGACUACAAAGGGUAGCAAGAGGUAGAUCUUUGUGGUGAUGGAAUAGUUCUGUAUUUGUAGUAGCAGUUACACAAAUCCACAUGAGACAAAGUGACACCCACACAUUUACCAAUGCCUUUUUCCUAGUAUUGAUAUCAUACUAUUGUUUGGGGUGAGGAUAUUGGGUUGUCUCUGUACUAGCUUUGCAACUUCUUGUAAAUCUCUAAUUUUUAAGGCAAGUGAUUCUGUUCAGUCCAUCUCUCUUUGAUAUCUUUGUUUUAGACCUAUUGACAACAAAUUUGAGGCCCUUCUCAAUACCCUUUAAUUGUGUUUAAGUGUCAACCUUGAAGUUUUUUUUUUUUUUUAAUUCCUUGGAUUCAGUUCCUUUUGCUUCCAGAUCUGACUGGCUAGCCUCCAACUCUAAUGAUAGUCCAUCUCCCACCAUUAUACUUAUUUUACUAUUUUGAAAAAGAAAAACAUACUAUCAAAAAGGUAUACUUGCAUGUGUCCACAUAUAUAAGUUUAUAGGACAACGGUUCACCAGUUAAGGGGUUUAACAAUGGCUAGAUGGGCUUUUUUUUUUUAACUCACCCAUCCACCAUGUUUAUGUAUGUUCUAUGUUCUUGUAUUCUGUCCAAAAGAUCCUUACUCAGACAAUCUUCCACCUUUUACUGUAAGAAAAUAGAACAGUAACAGAAAUAACUGCCCCAAGAUGAUUCAACCAGUGAAUUAGGCCAAAGGCUAAAUUAAAAUUUUCAGGUCUUUCAACUGUAACUGUUUACUAAAUUAGUCACUUAAAAAAAAGAGCUUACCAAUAUUUAUGAUAAGGACCAAGUGAAAACCAGAUAGUGCGCCUGAAAGAAGUAUCAGACAUUUCUAUAUUCUCUGUGGGGAUUGAUGAUAGGAAGUAGGAUAGAGUAUUAUAGAGGUGUUUCAUGUAUUUAUUUAUGUUAAAGCAACAUGUAUUUAUUGAGGGCCUUAAAUUCAAGACCCUGUGUUAGCUGUUCCUGGGAAAACAAAGAAGUAAAAUGUCCAUGUUCUCAUGGAGGUUAUAGUGUGGUUGGUGAAACAUUAAUUUUCCUAUAAACAGUAAUUAGCAAUGCAAUUAUAGUAUGAAUUACAAAUGGCUAGUAUAGUAAAAACAGACAACUAUAAAUGUAGUAUAGUAAAAAAUAAUCUUUAAAAACUUCCUAAGAUUGGAGACACUGAUGUUGAGGAAUAUGGACCUUGAAGGAGGAGAAAGGGAACAGAGAUAUUUAAUACAAGAGAGGAGAGGAAAGUGAAGACUAAUGUUCUCAAUCUCCUGGGAGGAAAGAGAAAGUAAUUGUUAAAAGCACAGAUGUUUCUUCUGCUUACUUUGGAGUUAAUUUACUCUUCUUUUUUUAGUUUCCUAGGAUGGAAACUUAAAUUAUCAAUUUUAGAUCUUUCUUCUUUUCUAAUAAACAGUCAAUGCUAUAAAUUUAUCUCUAAGCACUGCUUUUGCUGUGUCCCAGAAGUUUUGAUAAGUUGUGUUUCCAUUUUCUUUAGUUCAAAAUACUUUAAAAUUUCUCUUGAGACUUCUCUGAAUACUGUGUUACUUAGAACUGUGUUGUCUAAUUUCCACAUAUUUUGGGAUUUUCUGAUUGUCUUUCUGUUACUGCUUUCUAGUUUAAUUCCCUGGGGUCUGAGGGAAACCUUGUAUGAUUUCUGGUGUUUUACAAUUGUUAAAGUGUGUUUUAUGGCCCAGAAUGUGGUCUGUCUGGUAAAUGUUCCAUAGGAGCUUGAGAAGAUUGUGUCUUCUGCUGUGGUUGGGUGCAGCAGUCUGAGAUGUCAGUUAUAGCCAGUUGAUCAAUGGUGUGGUUGAGUUCAGCUGUGUCCUGACUUUCUGCCGGCUGGUCCUGUCUAUAUCUGAGAGAGGGGAGUUGAAGUUUCCAGCUGCGAUAGUGUGUUCAAACAUUUCUCCUUGCAGUUCUACUAGUUUUUUUUUGUUUGUUUGUUUAUCUACUGUUAGGCAUGACACAUUAAAAAUUGUUACAUCUUCUUAAAGCAUUAACCCCUUUACCAUUAUAUAAUGCUCUUCUUUAUCCCUGGUCUCUUUCCUUAGUUUUAAAACUGCUCUGUCUGAAAGUAGUAUAGCUACUCCUGCUUUCUUUUCAUUAGUGUUAGCAUGGAAUCUUCUCCAUCCAUUUACUUUUCAUCUACACAUCCUUAAAUUUAAGGUAAAGAACCGGCUGCAAUGCAGGAGACACAGGAGACGCGGGUUCGAUCCCUGAGUGAGGAAGAUCCAUUGGUGGAGGAAAUGACAACCUACUCCAGUAUUCUUGCCUGGAGAAUCCCAUGGGCUGAGGACCCUAGCGGGCUACAACUCAAAGAGUCACAAAGAUUCUGAGAGAACUGAACACCUAAGCAGCACACUAAGGACUUGUUAAAGAGGGUACAGUACUCUGGCGCAUUUCAAAAUAGUUCCUCUUCCUCCCCCUGCCAGUCGUAUGAGGGAUUUUUCUCCUGUAGUUCCGGUGGGAACCAGGUCAAACUUCUGGAGGAGACAUCUGUAUGGAUUGUUUCAUUAUAACGCCACAAUGCUUGGACUUGAAUCACUUCCAGAUCCCACAGAUACCUGGGAAAUUAUAGAGACCAUAGGUAAAGGCACCUAUGGCAAGGUCUACAAGGUGACUAAUAAGAGAGAUGGGAGCCUGGCUGCAGUAAAAAUUCUAGAUCCAAUCAGUGAUAUGGAUGAAGAGAUUGAGGCAGAAUACAACAUUUUGCAGUUUCUCCCGAAUCAUCCCAAUGUUGUAAAGUUUUACGGAAUGUUUUACAAAGCGGAUCACUGUGUGGGAGGACAGCUGUGGCUGGUCCUGGAGCUGUGUAAUGGGGGCUCAGUCACCGAGCUUGUCAAAAGUCUACUUAGGUGCAACCAGCGGUUGGACGAAGCAGUGAUCUCAUACAUCUUAUACGGGGCCCUCUUGGGCCUUCAGCAUUUGCACAAUAACCGAAUCAUCCACCGUGAUGUCAAGGGGAAUAACAUUCUUCUGACAACAGAAGGAGGAGUUAAGCUCGUUGACUUUGGUGUCUCAGCUCAACUCACCAGCACACGUCUACGGAGAAACACAUCUGUCGGCACCCCAUUCUGGAUGGCCCCCGAGGUCAUUGCUUGUGAGCAGCAGUAUGACUCUUCCUAUGACGCUCGCUGUGACGUCUGGUCCUUGGGGAUCACAGCUAUUGAAUUGGGGGACGGAGAUCCUCCCCUCUUUGACAUGCAUCCUGUGAAAACGCUGUUUAAGAUUCCAAGAAAUCCUCCACCUACUUUACUUCAUCCGGAAAAAUGGUGUGAAGAAUUCAACCACUUCAUUUCACAGUGUCUCAUUAAAGAUUUUGAAAAGCGACCUUCGGUCACACAUCUCCUCGACCACCCAUUUAUUAAAGGAGUCCACGGGAAGCUUUUGUUUCUGCAGAAGCAGCUGGCUAAGGUCCUCCAAGACCAGAAGCAUCUAAAUCCUGUUGUUAAAACCAGGCAUGAAAGGAUGCACACCAAAAGACCCUAUCAUGUGGAAGAUGCUGAAAAAUACUGCCUUGAGGAUGACUUGGUCAAUAUGGAGGUCCUGGAUGAGGAUACAAUUAUUCAUCAGCUGCAGAAGCGUUAUGUGGACUUACUUAUUUACACAUAUGUUGGAGAUAUCUUAAUUGCCUUAAACCCCUUCCAGAAUCUAAGCAUAUACUCUCCACAGUUUUCCAGACUGUAUCAUGGAGUGAAACGUGCCUCAAAUCCCCCCCACAUAUUUGCAUCAGCAGAUGCUGCUUACCAAUGCAUGGUUACUUUCAGCAAAGACCAGUGCAUUGUCAUCAGCGGAGAAAGUGGCUCUGGGAAGACGGAAAGUGCCCACCUGAUCGUUCAGCAUUUGACUUUCUUGGGAAAGGCAGAUAAUCAGACCUUGAGAGAAAAAAUUCUGCAAGUCAACUCUCUGGUGGAAGCCUUUGGAAAUGCAUGCACUGCCAUCAAUGACAACUCCAGCCGUUUUGGAAAAUAUCUGGAAAUGAUGUUUACACCAACUGGAGCUGUGAUGGGAGCAAGAAUCUCUGAAUAUCUCCUUGAAAAAUCCAGAGUUAUAAAACAGGCAGCAGGAGAGAAAAAUUUUCACAUAUUUUACUAUAUUUAUGCUGGUCUUUAUCACCAAAAGAAACUUUCUGAGUUCCGACUUCCUGAGGAAAAGCCUCCUAGGUACAUAGCUGAUGAAACUGGAAGGGUGAUGCAUGACAUAACUUCCAAGGAGUCUUACAGAAGACAGUUUGAAGCAAUUCAGCAUUGCUUCAGGAUUAUAGGAUUCACUGACAAGGAGGUGCACUCAGUGUACAGGAUAUUAGCUGGGAUUUUGAAUAUUGGAAACAUUGAGUUUGCAGCUAUUUCCUCUCAGCAUCAAACUGAUAAAAGUGAGGUGCCCAAUGCAGAAGCCUUGGAAAAUGCUGCCUCGGUUCUCUGCAUCAGCCCUGAAGAGCUCCAGGAGGCUCUCACCUCACACUGCGUGGUCACCCGGGGCGAGACCAUCAUCCGCGCCAACACUGUGGACAGGGCCUCGGACGUCAGAGACGCCAUGUCCAAAGGCCUGUAUGGGAGGCUUUUCAGCUGGAUCGUAAAUCGCAUCAAUACACUCCUGCAGCCAGACAAAAACAUAUGUACUGCAGAUGAUGGUAUGAAUGUGGGGAUCUUGGACAUUUUUGGAUUCGAAAACUUUCAGAGAAAUUCAUUUGAGCAGCUCUGCAUAAAUAUCGCCAAUGAGCAAAUUCAGUACUAUUUCAAUCAGCGUGUUUUUGCUCUCGAGCAGAUGGAGUAUCAGAACGAGGGCAUUGACGCUACACCCGUGGAGUAUGAGGACAAUCGCCCCCUCUUGGAUAUGUUCCUCCAGAAACCCCUGGGACUGCUUGCACUUUUGGAUGAGGAAAGUCGGUUUCCUCAGGCAACGGACCAGACCCUAGUCGAUAAAUUUGAAGAUAAUCUUCGAUGCAAAUACUUCUGGAGGCCCAAAGGAAUGGAGCUGUGCUUUGGCAUUCAGCACUAUGCUGGAAAGGUAUUAUAUGAUGCUUCUGGGGUUCUUGAGAAAAACAGAGACACUCUCCCUGCUGAUGUGGUGGUCAUACUGAGGGCAUCAGAAAACCAGCUUCUCCAGCAACUCUUCUCAAUCCCUUUGACUAAAACAGGUAACUUGGCCCAGACAAGAGCCAGGAUAACAGCGGCCUCAAGAUCUUUGCCUCCGCAUUUCAGUUCUGGGAGACUCAAGGUGGACACUCUGGAGGUGAUACGGCAUCCGGAAGAAACCACCAACAUGAAGGGGCAAACCAUGGCUUCUUACUUUCGGUAUUCUCUGAUGGAUCUGCUCUCUAAAAUGGUGGUGGGACAGCCCCACUUUGUACGCUGCAUCAAGCCCAAUGAUGACCGAGAGGCCCUGAAGUUCUCCACAGACAAAGUGCGGGCCCAGCUCCGCUCCACGGGCAUCCUAGAGACAGUCAGCAUCCGCCAGCAGGGGUAUUCUCACCGCAUCCUCUUUGAGGAGUUUGUGAAAAGGUAUUAUUACUUGGCAUUCAGAGCACAUCAAACACCUCUUGCUAGCAAAGAGAGUUGCAUCGCUAUCUUGGAAAAGUCCAGAUUAGAUCACUGGCUGCUGGGAAAAACAAAGGUUUUUCUCAAGUAUUAUCAUGUCGAGCAGUUAAAUUUGCUGCUGCGGGAAGUCAUAGGCAGAGUGGUUGUGCUGCAGGCCUAUGCCAAGGGGUGGCUGGGAGCCAGGAGAUACAGAAGAGUCAGAGAGAAGAGACAGAAGGGGGCUAUUGCCAUCCAGUCAGCCUGGAGAGGAUAUGAUGCUCGGAGGAAAUUUAAGAAAAUAAGCAACAGAAGGAGUGAGUCUGCUGUUCAUAUUCACGCAGGGUGCCCUUCAGACCAAAGCAGUGAUCCACAGCCCACCAUCACAGGGGGUCCCAGCGGAACUGCGCAGGGUCAGUUCUCCAGCGAGCCUGGUGACCACAAAGUUCUGAGGGGCUCUGGCGAUCAUAAAAGCAGCCUACAAGCAGAAUCCGGCAAUGGCCAUGCAGAGGCUUCAAGCACCUCUCCUGUCACUGAGAAAAAUUGGCAUUCACAAGCCCAGAGUUCUUCCAAAGGGUAUGAUGUCUUCGCAGGACACUCAAAUAAGAUAUGCCAUACUGCUCCAGAUUGCCCAGGACUGAGUCCUUCGAGGGGAGCCCCUGCAAAAUCUGAUUCAGAAAAUGGUCUUGCACAGAAGCAGCGAACACCUCGCCGAAGAUGUCAGGAGCCCAAAAUGUUGAGUAGCCCUGAGGACACCAUGUACUAUAACCAGUUAAAUGGAACUCUAGAAUAUCAAGGGAGCAAGAGGAAGCCAAGAAAACUUGGCCAAAUCAAAGUGCUUGAUGGAGAAGAUGAAUAUUACAAAUCUCUGUCACCUGUGGACUCUAUCCCUGAGGAAGACAACUCAGUCCACCCUUUCUUUUUUUCUUCAUCUUCAAAAGGGGCAUCUUUUGCUCAGCACUGAGCUAUACUUCCUGCCUCCCAAGUCUGUUGAGGACACCUUCAUCACCUUGACGGUAAAAAGAAAGGAAUGAACUGGAAAGAAAAUUUGGACUCAUCAGAGUUCGUGUCACAUCAUUUUGUAGCUGUCCAUUCCCUGGUUGACUGUCUCCAUGAGGCCGUGAGUAGCUGCAGAGGAAGUAUCUUGUCUCAUCCAUCUUUGUGGCCACAGAGUCUAGCACAGUGCCCAGCACAGGGAGGACAUGCCCACCUUGAGUGAGUGGAGAGAUUUAGUUACACAAACAUAUCUGAAGUUACUUUCAAUUAUAUGUGAUAUAGGAUUGAUCACUUUUCUUAUACCAUAAGCUCUGAUUUUUCACUGAAGCUUGGACUAGUCCUAUUUAAUCAUAUUAUACCAUAUAUGACUCAGUGUGAUCCAAUGCAACAAACUCUUUUGAGUAACUACUCUGUGCAAAACAAUAUGUGAGACUGCUGUGUGAUAUGAAAAUCCAACAAGACCCUUUCUCUAGAAAAGAUGUUCUUUAUAUUCUUUCUACUUUAAACAUAUUUGGCAGAUAGUACACAUGGGAGUACCUAAAUUUUGACAAAAAUAUACUUGAGGAAAUAGAAAAAAUAAUUGUUACCAAAGUUUUAAAGGGGAGAGUUCUAAUAAGCAUUUUACAAACAUAAAUGAUGAAAUGAGGCAUUUAAAGAUCUCAGAAAUUGUAAUGUUACAAGAAAAAGAAAUAGAGCCAAUUAUUCAAUAGUUAAACUUUACUGUUUAAAAAAUGAGUCUUGAUCUUUUUUCCAGAUCUUCACCCUAAAUGUAUGUUCAUAAGGUAUGCAAAUAGAGCAGAAACACAAAUGCAUUUUAUUUUAUUGUUUAAAAUAUAGUAUAUAGAGUAUAUAGAUUUUAACAUUAUUAUUAAUAUGAGUAGUUUGGGCAAUUUCACUUUCAUCAUUGAUACAUCUACUUUUGAUUUGAUAAUGUUAGCUGUUCAAACUGUUGAAUAUAAAUGAUCGUAAUCUCCCACUUGUCUGUGUACAAUUGUAUACACAGGCUUGUUUCUAAUUAAAAUAUAUCCAUAAAUAAAGUUUAAAAGGAAAUAGAAGUAAUUAUAAAAUCAUAAUUCAGAAGCUCUAAAAUACCUGGUCACACAGAAUAACUGCUUCGGUAAUAUCAUAGCUCCUGACAGUACUUUAGAAAUGAUGCUCAUUAUCAGUCAUUGCAUAGAGAAGACAGACUACAGAUGUUACUCUUUGACUAGUUAAAAUGCCACAAACUCAAAGAGCAUUCUUAAAUCUUUAGAUGAGAAUGAUGCAAACUGGAAUCUCAUAGAUGUCUUACUAGAUUUAUGAAGGUAAUGUGCAUAUAGCAAAAACAAAGCAAAAGUCAAAACAGUCCAGAGCAUUCUUCUUCUCAAUGCCCCAAACUUAGUCCCUCUCCCAGAAGCAGUCGUUUUUAAAAAUUAUUUCUAAUUCUUUUAAUGGUUUCCAUCAUGUGUCUGAAUAAUUUGCUUUGAUGUUGAUUUGUCAUUUUAGACAAUAUCUACUCUCCCCUCUAUGAAAGAUGUGCAUUUAUGUCAAUUUCUUCACCCCUCUCUUCUUCCAGUGCUUACAAUUCUGUGUUUAAAUUGUUGUUGAUUACCUUUUAAACUUUAAAUUAUGUAAUUAAAUACCUAUUUUUUGUGCCA